AUGGAAACCCUUCUACCCCCUCCCCAGCUAACUUGUAUCUUCACCCUUCGCUGCACCGUCAAGCAGCCGCUGGACAUUGGCCAGGUAUCAUCCGGUCGCCGGCGCUGGGUCCGGAUCGUCGGAGGCAGUGUUAGUGGCAAAUGUCUCACUGGCGAGGUAGUUGGUGGUGAGGAUUCUAUGACGGAGGAGGAAAGUCUCACUACGCAUGUGAAUGCGCGGUAUUUGGUUAAGAGCGAUGACGGAGCGCAUUUAGAGAUUCGGACCGAGGGAACACGCUCCGGCCCCCCAGAGGUACUGCAGGGGUUGAUGGAAGGAAAGCCGAUCCAUCACAGCCAGUACUGGUUCCAUUUGCAUAUCAAGGUUGAGACGGGAAGUGAGCGGUACAAAUGGAUGAACGACCGGGUGAUUGUUGGACGGGCUAUUAGGACCAAAUACGAGGUUUCUUAUGAUGCGUACUUCCUAGACAAUACGCCAGAGUUCGAAUAA